CUAACUCUGUCUCAACAGCAUCUAAGACUUGCUGCACUUAAUAUCUUCAUUCCAUUCCUAUAUAUCUCUAAAUCACAACACAAAUCCGUCAAAAUGCAAUUUUUAUCAAUCCUUCUUCUUGCCGGCUCUGCCCUCGCCGCUCCCCGGGCUGCUCAGCUGUCUUCCCAUCAGCCUCGAGGUGACAGUAUCGAUGACAUGCUGCCUCCUAUCGUGCCUAUCAACACAAGAAGUGGGGACCGAGACCUCAUCUCCAAGAUUAUUACUGCCCCUACUCAGGCCGAGCGCGUCAAGCUUUUGAACCAGCCUGGCGAUUAUGUCUUUGACUUCAAGGCUGGUACCGGGGCCGGAGAGGCUUCUGGCAAAGGUGGCAAAUCUGUGUCAGCUACUGCUCUGACCAUGCCUGCUCUUAUCGGAAAUGGAGCCUCCAUGACAGUCGCCUUCCUUGGGCCCUGUGGGAUGAAUACAGCACACGUUCACAACCGAGCAACGGAGCUUAACAUUGUUGUCAAAGGUCGUCUUGUUACAAACUUUGUUGUUGAGAAUGGCGUGAAACCUAUCGCCAACACGAUGGAUACCUUCCAGAUGGCUGUCUUUCCCCAGGGCGCUAUUCAUCAAGAAUUCAACCCUGAUUGCGAAGAUGCUGUGUUUGUUGCUGCAUUCGAUAAUGCUGAUCCUGGUGUGAACCAGAUCGCCCAGAACUUCUUCUCCCUUAAUGGUGAUGUUGUUAAGGCAACUCUGGGCGGUGUACAGACCAUUGAUGGAAAAGAUAUUGAGUCUUUCCGCCCGCAUAUUCCUGCGAAUAUUGCCCUUGGUAUUGAUGCUUGCUUGAACAAGUGCGGUAUCAAGAGGAACUCGAAGCGAGAUAUUAGCGAGCUACUGGGUUAAAUUGGAG